AUGACCUCCAUGAUUUCGCGCAAACGACAAGCCCCAGAAACUCUCCUACCCCUCCGCAAUCCAAAACAACCGCGUAGGACACUGAAGGGAUACGGCGGCGGCCCACCGAGCCCAUCUCAAGAGGUUGGAAUACUUGCUAGGUAUCGCCGUAUCGGAAAAGACGCGGCCGUGCUGCUCGCAGACACCGUAGCCUACUGGAUGCCUGCCACAAUAACUAUGUCGGGACAAAGCGAAUCCUUCGUUCAAGAUGAGGUCACCUCCGGGUCAUCCGUUUCCUCUUCCUCCUCAAUUUCAACUCCCCGGCAGACACCAUCCCCUGAUGUCAAAGUCUUCUCGAACGACAGCGAUGGGUCCCAAGGGGAUGUCAAGUCUCAGAAACCGCAGGCUUUCGUCCAUCUACCAACCCACUCGGAGACCAAAAUCCCUUCAAUUCAACAAUACUUAUCGACUCGACAGAGUACCUUCAGCUCUAGUCGAAAUGUUUCGAAUGCGGUUGCCAGCACCUCGACUUCCAACACGCCGUCAGCUACAACAUCGGCGUCGGAGGACAACACACUAGCCCUGUUGGACGACACAUCACUGGACACUGUUGAGAACUUCCAUUCUACCCCAAGAGCAGGAAUCUCACAGAAUAGCACGUCUAUGCGUUCUGAUAAAAUCCCUGCUUCAUCAUCGAGGUCGACUGAGCCAGCAGAUCGGAUGCUGAGGAACACCGUUGUACCCACGAUGGCGGACCUCCGACUAGAUCGUUCGCUCAACUCUUCCCAGCUGUCGAAGAACUCGACCCCGUUCUCAUUGCAGUCCGACACUCGUACCUCGUCAAGAGCGUCCAACACAUCGAAAAGACAUCCGCUGCGUCAUCGAAACAGGGAGCAUAUAUUUGCGAAAGUGCACAAAGCUAAUGUACAGCGAGCCAAACUUGAGUUACGAGAAAGCAUGGUUAUGCAGCUGUAUCAAAUAAAGCGGCGGAGUGGCUUCACAUCAGGGCUAUCUGACUUCAGAGGGCUACUGGACUAUCAGAGGCAGCUGCAAAAUAUUGAUUUCGAGAAUGCGCCACGCCCUCACCGGCCGUCAUCGUCAUUUUCUACUCCAUUAGCGAAAGCCCGCCAACGAGAUGCGUCGUUAGACGAUGUCGACGAUGCAAACACUUUCCUGUCACGAGCGCUGAACAAUGCGAAAGCCACAUUGAACAGUCCUAAACCGCCUCAACCAUACAUCCCGAGCCUUGAGCAGCUCCAGAUUUCCCGCAAGGCACAACAAACUGCCCUCGACCGUCGCCAUGCUGUCCCAGACAGCCUUCCUCCAGAUGACGAUAUGGCCGUGAACAAACUCCUGCAAAAGAGAGGCGUCAUUGCGAAAUUCGCACGAGAGCAAGUCUCCGACCAGGACAUCUCUCGUCUCAGGCCAGGCCAAUGGCUGAACGACGAGAUUAUCAACUUCUACGGAGCCAUGAUCCUGGCGCGGUCCGAAGCCAGCAAGGAGAAUCCCAACUCCAGCAAGAAGCCGGGUAAAGAACCGUGGAAUAUCCACUACUUUAGCUCCUUCUUCUGGGCGAAGUUGGUCAAGGAGGGGUACGAUAAGGGCAGGUUGGCUAAAUGGACGAAGAAGAUCGACAUCUUCUCAAAGGAUAUGGUCAUAUUUCCUGUUAAUCAUGGCAAUGCCCAUUGGACCACUGCGGCGAUUAACUUCCGCAAAAGGAGACUCGAGACCUAUGAUAGUAUGGGCAUGGCCAAGGAGGCAGUGUUCAAACACCUCCGGGCCUACCUGGAUGCAGAACACGCCAACAAGAAGAGUAAACCCUUCGAUUGGACAGGUUGGCAAACGUGGGCACCUGCGGAUACGCCACAGCAAGAGAACGGCUACGACUGUGGUGUAUUCACCUGCCAUUUCUUGGAGGCCCUCUCUCGAGGAGAGGAGUCGUUCGCAUUCGCGCAGAAGGACAUGCCGUACCUUCGGCGGCGGAUGAUCUGGGAGAUUGGCAAUGCCAAACUCCGGGAUGGGUUUUAUGCGUAA